CUUCCUUGUUUACAAUGCAUGAAGCAUGAAAAAACCUUUCUCUGUUUUUCAAGUGUGAAAUCAUCAGUCAUAUACCAUGGAAUCAGUCAACUAUAGAGUGCUCUACCUAGGGAAUCUCCGCAGUGACAUAGGCCUGAAGAACCUCAAAGAUAACAUCCUAAAUCUAUUCAGAAACUACUUAGGCAUCGGAGUUACCAGUGAGGAUAUCUUUAUACACACGAACCAUGGGAGAGAUUCCUGGUAUGCCUUUGUAAACUGUCAUGAGGAACAUCAAGCAGAAUUUGCCCUUGAUCAGCUGGAGACAUGGGAGUCCAGAAGACACACUCGCUUUAAUUUUACGUCCAUUUGUGAAGGAUCCCAGCCUUUAUUUAUCGACUACAAACGGGAAACAAAACACAAAAGCAAGAAAACGAGGAGAAAGAAGAGAAAGCCAAGGGGUAAUGAAUCCCCUGAUAUUACAGAGCAGUUUGAUGAAUAUUACCCAGAGGACUUAGCUAAAGAUAAGCCACAAGACAGUAAUCACUCAACUCUACCCUCCUUAAAAAGUGGAAAGAACUUUUUAGGCUUCACAAAGAAAGUUGACCAGCCUGCUCAAGGGAUAUAUUUAGAUGGAGAGCAGCUUGGCAAUGAAACUAGGAAUAAGGAAUUCAAAAAAGGCAGUGGAGAAUAUGUUAAAAAUGUCUUGAAAAAACAUGUAUCAAAGUAUGCGUGUGCUUUUCUGAACAGCGGAGAGGAGGGUACUUUGUAUCUAGGGGUAAAUGAUAAUGGGUGUGUUGAGGGAAUUCCUUGUCCACAGGCCCGGGAGGAUGAAGUAAGACUGGACAUUGAUGAGGCAAUAAAAACCAUCAAUCCUCCUGUGUUCCCAAACAUCUAUCAAGUCAAGUUCACACCUGUAUUUUAUAAAUUAGGAGUCCCCAAAGAGGAUUACAAAGUCAUAGAAAUUAUAGUCCACGGCACAGGAGAUAUAGACAGACUGUAUCAUUCUCCUCAUGGGGUGUUUAUGAGGAGGGAUGGAGGGGUACAGACACUGACAGUCCUAGAGGUGCAAGAGUGGUCACAUCAGGUGAGUCUGACAGUCCUAGAGGUGCAAGAGUGGUCACAUCAGAAACACCAGAAAGAAAUCAAAAGGUUGGAGGAGAGACUCCAGAGACAGGAGGACUUAUUUGAGAGAAGAACACAGGAGGAAAAAGACAAGAAAUCCAAAGUCUGUGUUGUCAUGUAGCUCUACUCACCUGAGGAUAAAUUUUGACACACAAAACUGCAGGACAGUUCAUUUAGUUUUAUCGCUUUAAGCAAUAUAGGUUUUAAAACUGCCAAGUCUUGUUGCACCUUUAUAUAUAAUAUAUAUUAAUUUUUAUAGAAGUUUUUAAAUCAGUACUGUGUUUAGACAUUCAAUUUUAAUGUUAUAAGAAUAAUGUUUGCUGUGUUUGAUUUAAUUGAAUCAUCAAUAUUUUUAUAUGCAUAAUCUUUUUUAUACCUUUUAUAUUUUCUUUUGUGCAAUUUGAUUGCUUCUUUAUAGUACUGUAGGAUUUGUGUUCAUGCAACUAUCAAUAUCCCAUAUGAGGAAACACCUCUUCCCUAUCCAAGGAAACUUGAUAUCCCACCAAUUUCCCAGGAAAGGGGACAUGCACCUCUUUCCCAUGAUAGGAAACAUAUUUUUUCCAUAUUACAAAAUAUGUGAUGUUAAAGCACCUCUUUCUUAGGAAAAAAAUACAUGUGAUGUCCCUCUUUGACCCAUUAUACAAAACAUGAAAUCCUUUCAAAUUUUCAUUUCCAAAAAUAUGUCUCAGUUUUUGGUCUAUAUGUAACAUAUACCAAAUUUGCCAAGUAAUACGUAUUUAUCUUUAUCUUCUCAUUCUUCAAUCAGAAAAUUAAUUAUUAUUUUCAUCAUUGCAGUUAAAUCUGAUGCAUACAUUUGCAUGUAUAUCAUUCAUGAUAAAGAUGAGUAUGUAAGUUUAUUUUCAAACCAUAAGAAAUUAUAGCAAAGAAAUCAUAAUUAUUUAUCUGAAUUUCUCUUUUGAAUUGAUAGUGAGUUCAAGACGUCCUUGAUAAACAAAUUAUUUUUAAUUAAACAAUUCUUAUCUUGUUUUAGAAGACUUUUAGAAAUUACAAAAGUUCAAAAUAAAAAUUGAACAGAAAAUAAAAGGGGGUACAGUAAUAAACUGAUACCUCUGAAGAAUAAAUCUUUAAUGUAGGAAAUCGGUGUUAUAAUGUUUUGAUAUCUUUAUUUUACAUAUGUAUACAUGUAUUCAUACCCGGUUAUUAUUUUUUGUGGUUUUGCUUAUC